GCUUUACUACAGUACUGUACAGACUGAGUACCACAAAAAUUUGCCUGGAAUGUCAGAGAAGAUGGACAAAGACAUCACAGAGCUUCCUAAAGGUCCCUUAGAUGAUUACAGAAAAAAGUCAUCCUUCAACUGGAAGGAAAUGUUGAGGUUCAUGGAGGGAGAGGAAAUAAUUGCUUUCAAGCAAUACAUUUUCCACACGUUAGAGAACGACCCACUUUUUGCCAGGCAGCCAGGUGAGGAUGUUUCGGUGGAGAUGAAAAGAGAUAUCACGUUUCAGCGCUGUAAACAGCUGUUUAGGUAUGAUUUUCUGACACGGGACGAGAUUAUGCAGAAUCCAUUCAAGGUGACUAUCCUCAAUGACUGCCUGGGCAUGUAUGACUGGUCUCUGGGGGCCAAGUUCUUCCUUAACAAAAUGAUGUUUGCAGGCACAAUGGCUAAUUCUGGAUCCCAGAGGCACAACAACUUUGUGGAGGGUGUUGAAGACAUGAGGAUAUUCGGCUGCUUUGCGCUGACAGAACUGAGUCAUGGCAGCAACACAAGACUCAUGAGAACAACUGCAACGUAUGACCGCAGCAGCCAGGAAUUUAUAAUAAAUACCCCCGAUUUUGAGGCAGCAAAAUUCUGGGUGGGAAACCUGGGGAAAACUGCCACCCAUGCUGUAGUGUUUGCCCAGCUGUACACACCUGAUGGAGUCUGUCAUGGUCUGCAUUCUUUUGUUGUUCAGGUUCGGGAUCCCAAGACUUUACUGGCAAUGCCUGGGGUGAUGGUUGGAGACAUGGGAAAAAAACUGGGCCAAAAUGGACUGGAUAAUGGUUUUGCAGUAUUUCAGAAUGUCAGGAUUCCUCGGGAAAAUAUGCUCAACAAAACAGGAGAUGUGACAUCUGACGGACGCUACGUGACUCCUUUUAAAGACCCUAAUAAGCGUUUUGGGGCCUCUCUGGGUGCUCUGUCUGGGGGAAGAGUGUCCAUAACAAGAAUGUCUGUGGUCAAUCUCAAGCUGGCCAUAACGAUCGCAGUGCGUUUCUCAGCCACACGUCGUCAGUUUGGGCCUAAAGAUGAUGAAGAGAUCCCAGUACUGGAGUAUCAGCUACAGCAAUGGCGUCUUAUUCCGUACUUGGCAGCAGUUUAUGCACUGGAACUGUUCUCCAAAUCCUUCUACACUAACUUUGUGGAGUUUCAAAUCGGCCUGAUGAUGAAGGACAGCAGUGACAGACAGUCUGAACUGGGUAGAGAAAUCCAUGCCAUGUCAUGCUCCAGCAAGCCUCUGGGUUCGUGGACGGCUCAGCGAGGAAUUCAGGAAUGUCGAGAAGCCUGUGGAGGACAUGGAUACCUGGCAAUGAACCGACUUGGAGACAUCCGUGAUGACAAUGACCCAAACUGCACAUAUGAGGGAGACAACAACGUCCUGUUGCAACAGACCAGCAAUUAUCUGCUCAGCUUGCUCCAGCACAAGCAGCAGGGUAAAGGCAGGAUUGAGUCUCCUCUGGGGACAGUGAACUUCCUGGAAGACUGGAAAACAAUUCUGGAAAGCAGGUUUACAGCGUCCUCGGUGGAGCAGUGCAUGGAUUCUGCAGUGCCUUUGGCAGCAUAUAAAUGGCUGGUAUGUUUCCUGCUGGGGGAGAGUCAGAGGAAACUGAGCCAACAGAGGGCACUUGGGUUGGGAGAUUUUGAUGCACGUAACAACAGCCAGGUGUAUUACUGUCGCUCAUUGGCAAUAGCCUACAUUGAGCACACAGUGCUACAGAGAUUUCAUGAUCUGUGUGAAGAUGAACACAUUCCAGCAGGUCUCCGAUUAGUUUUGAGAAGACUCUGUGCUCUCUAUGGCCUCUGGACCCUCACCAACCACAUGGCUAUUCUCUACCAGGGAGGCUAUAUGUAUGGUAAAGAGGCAGCACAGUUCAUUCAGAAUGCCAUUCUCACUCUUUGUGAGCAGCUAAGAGAUGACGCUGUGGCUUUGGUUGAUGUGAUUGCUCCUCCUGACUUUAUACUGAACUCACCCAUUGGCAAGGCAGACGGUGAGCUCUAUAAGAACCUGUGGGCUACUGUAAUGCAGGGGAAGAGUGUUCUGGAACGUCCAUCCUGGUGGUCUGAGUUCUGCUCUGACAAGCCCAGUGUGGGAUCCCUCAGAGCCAAGCUCUAAUGUGCACUUUCAUUUAAGAAAGAUCUGUCUACAUUGUCAAAGCACAGAUUGUAGGGUAAGAGAGGCAAAACUGUUGUUAAAGACCAAUAAUACUAAAUUGCUUAGCCUGCCAGAAGGCUGAUUUAAGGGCUGUAUUUAAUAAUUAUAUUAAUAAUAAUAACACUAAUAAUAAUGCACCUAUUACAGAGUACAUGAAAAAGUGGUUACCUACCAUAGUUGUAAAAAAGCCCAAAUUGCCACCUAACACUGAAAGGAAAUUUGUCCAGAUAGUCAAAUUCGUCCAGAUGUAUUCUAAAGAUCACUUGACUAUGGACAAGGUCAACUGUGCUUCAGAAGCUUUUAAUUUAUAGAAGACUUGUUGUUAGGUGAUUCUUGCAUUCUAUCAGACAGUCUAGACAAACUUUCAUAAAGUGCUUUCUAAUGUGUGCAGUCAAACUAGCCCUGUUAAAAUGGGCAUGAGGCAGCACAGUGGCUCAAUGGGUAGCACUGUCGGCUCACAGCAAGAAGGUCCUGGGUUCGAUCCCCAGGUGGGGCGGUCCGGGUCCUUUCUGUAUGGAGUUUGCAUGUUGUACCUGUGUGGGUUUCGUCUGGGAGCUCCGGUUUCCUCCCACAGUCCAAAAACGUGAGGUGAAUUGGAGAUACAAAAUUGUCCAUGACUGUGUUUGACAUUAAAGACUUGAACUGAUUAAUCUUGUGUAACCAGUAACUACCUGUCCUGUCAUUAAUGUAACCAAAGUGCGUAAAACAUGAUGCUAAAAAUCCUAAUAAAUAAAUAAAUAAAAUGGGCACAGAAAAGUCAUCAGUUGUAACCAGUAAUAAUCACUAACAAGACAUUAGGAAGCCAUGACAUGAAGUUAAAUUACAUGUUAGCAAUCACACUUCCAAAUUCUAAUUUGAUCUAUAUUGUUGACUGCAUACUCUUGUCAUAUUUUUCAGAUUAAAGAAGUAGAGUUUUUUUUUUUUUAACUUUUCCACAAAAAUCGUGUAGUAAUAAUGAAGUUAUCAUUUAAAUCUUAAGACUAUGCCAUGACACACGUGCCUUACAGCUGUAUGUAAACUUUGGACUUUUACUGUACAUUAAUCACUUAUGUAAUUAUAUUAAUUCAAGUGUAUUAUUAUAUCUGUUUUAAUAUUUGUGUAGUGAUAGUGAACUGUUUGUUCAGCACAAUGAUUUGUGUGGUAAUAAAAUCGAAUUGUAAUAUAAUUAUAAUAAGAAAAUUGCAUAAUAAUUAGAUUGAAUAAAUAUUAAAAGGUUGCUUUGGUGGUGGUCUGAUGUGCUAGAUUUUAAGCCCUCUGGUUCAAGUCCCAGGCGACCCAGCUAGGUGUCUGAACCAGAAGAUGUAACGUUUCUCUUGUGCGUGGUUGGAACAAGCAGCAUAAGCAUAACAGUAAGGGAGUUUGCAGCAAUUAGAUUGGGAGAAGUAUGGGCAAAAUGCAAACGUAGAUAAAUAUUAAAUUAUCAGUUGCAAGAUGGUGCAACAAUGUUUGUCCUAUGGAAGUGGGUUUGAUCCUUGCUGAACACUAUUCACUAUUUCUGGUUUCCUCUAUGAACAACUGUUUCCUUCCACCUCUUAAACAAGGAGAGGGUAAAUUGCUCCAAAUUGUCUUUAGCUGUGUUAGUACUGAAUGUUUGUCCUGCAGUAGAUUGGCUUCUUGACUAGAAAAGAAUAGAAUGUGUUUGACUUUUUCAUCAUGAUCAGAUCAAAGCAAGAAAAACAUUGUGUCAGAUUUGUGUAAUUUCCUAUCAUUUAAUGUUUCAUAAAGUUUCCUUGAAGAGGUGA